UGCUUGCUUACUAAUCGCAGAAACCUUGUACCGAUGGGUCCUGUGCUAGUCGUCAAUCUUUUCACGUGUUGUUGAAAUAUCGAAGGGAGAGCACUCACAACUAAAACGUUACCUUCCGGUGCAGGUUCCCAUCAAAAUUACGAGGUGUGCUAAACUGCUGCUCCCUGUGUGGUGAUUGUCUGGAGGUUGACAGUACCUGUGUUGUCUGGACGAUCAGCGUGGUGGCUACAUCGUGGUGAUUGUCUGGAGGUUGACAGUACCUGUGUUGUCUGGACGACCAGCGUGGUGGCUACAUCGUGGUGAUUGUCUGGAGGUUGACAGUACCUGUGUUGUCUGGACGACCAGCGUGGUGGCUACAUUGUGGUGAUUGUCUGGAGGUUGACAGUACCUGUGUUGUCUGGACGACCAGCGUGGUGGCUACAUUGUGGUGAUUGUCUGGAGGUUGACAGUACCUGUGUUGUCUGGACGACCAGCGUGGUGGCUACGUUGUGGUGAUUGUCUGGAGACAUCAUGUCAGUGCCGGACACCUCGGAUCUGUUGAGCCAGGUGGCGUUAGUGGAAGAAGCUGCUGAGGACAUAUUGGCAGAUCGGAGACAAAUAAUUGAUCUGGAUAAAAAGAGGAACAAGACACGAGAGGCCAUCAGAGCCCUACAGAAGAACAAGGAGAGUGAUAAAUCCUGGGUGUGCUUCGGAAAUAUGUUCAUCAAACUGCCAAACAAGAAAGCUGUUAAUCUUCUCGAGAAAGAUUAUAAUCAACUUGAUGAAGAACUGACUGAUAUCAGGAAUAAAUUAAAACCUAAAGUCAACAAUCUGCGGAACUUGGAAAAUAAGGAGGAUAUGAAAGGCUUUGGCCUCAACCCUCUCAGCAAAGAAGAACUCAGAGCUGUGGAAAAGAUGUUAUGAAAAAACCUUGUGGUACUGGGAAACCCCUUGUAUGAUCUGAGAAGGGAAUGAAUAAACAGUAUGUUUGGUUGCUGGCAACAAUAGACACAUUGCUGGUUCCUCUAGAUCAAAAGAGGAGAAUCAUUUAUGGCUUCAUGACAGAAAGGGGUACACCUGUCACCUCAGGGUGUGAAGCAACAUGCUUUUAUCUGAAAAAUAGCAAGUCUUUGUUGUGAGACUACCAAUUGUUCAACAAGUAUACGUCUCAAAAUUAUUGGCAUGAGUUUUAAGCACAAUCAGGAAUAUCACACGACUGUUGGUGAUCAAUUCUGGACCGAUAAACCAGUGCAAGGGUUGUGCAGGUCAUGAAAUCCUGGAGAAGCCAUGGAUAUUUUAAUGGAGUUUCCCAGGCCUGGAAUAGUAAUGGCAACUAGAAAAUUGUUAUCAACUUCUGAAAGGGUCAUAGAAAAAUGGAUCUUUUUUGGUGACGGGCAAAUAUCUAAAACUCAACCAUCGGCUGUUUUCCAUGUUCACUGUGUUGUGAGUUUUAUUGAUACAAUAUCAUGGAACACUGUCAUAAUACCCCGGAAAACACCAGGAAAGUUGUCCUGCUAAUUGUGCCUGAACCCUUCCCGUGAUGCAAGGAUUGAUCAAUAUUAUCUGGGUACGGAAACAAGAAACCAGGCAGGUCACAUCAUACAUAGUGGUAUUCGCUGAUGGUAUUCCCUGAUGGUAUUCUCUGAUGGUAUUCUCUGAUGGCCAGCUAUCCAAGUGGCUCUGAAUACUGUAUAUGAAUGACCCAUCUCCUCAUACCAACAUUUGUUAAAUGUUGCAUUUGUUAUGGCCAGAUAAGUGUAAGUUUGGUUUGGUUGAACUGCCUCUGAAUACUGCUAUUAAUACAGACAUUUCAGGUGUUGUGGGGAGUGAGUUGUUUAACUACACACUCGGCAUGACACCGUGGCCUAUACGUGUUUGAGUCAGGACCCAACAAACCAGUGACUGGAAGCAUGAGUGAGUGAGUAUGGUUUUACGCCGCUUUUAGCAAUAUUCCAGCAGUAUCACGGCGGGGGACACAAGAAAUGGGCUUCACACAUUGUGCCCAUGUUGGGAAUCGAACCUGGGUCUUCAGCAGGACGAGUGAACGCUUUAACCACUGGGCUACCCGACCGCCCCUGACUGGAAGCAUGAGCCAUGAGCCAUGCAGUCCAUGGUAUUGUGGGAACCUUUUCAUCCUUGGAUUCUGCAUAGUGCCAGUUGUCAUGGAUGCAUGCCACAGUCAUCAUCAUCAUCAUCAUAAUCAUCAUCAUAACUGAAGUGUAGUCAUCUGUGCUGUGUUGAAAUGACAAAACAAGACAUUUCCAGUUUCAGAGGAUGCAGACUCACUAUGUGUUGAUGUAAGUUGUACACAAUAAAGAAGUAGAAAUAUU